CAUUAUUUGAUGGACAUUUGGGUUGUUUCCAUUUUUUAGCUAAUAUGAAUAAUACUGCUAUGAACACUUUCAGUCUGUUCUUAAUUUUAUUCCGUCGUUAUUUUUCUUCUGGAGGCGUUCAUUAUCCUUCCAUAACACCUACUCUACAGAAUUCUUACUAUAUUAGUCUAACAAUUUAUAUUCUCUGUGUCAUAUCUGAGCUAUAAAGCCCUACAGGAGAAGUUACACAACUAUUUCGUGAAACCAACUGGUGGAGCUACACAUUCCUGGAAUUCUUGAUGCAAAGCAAAUUUUCCAAGACUCAUUCAGCUUGUGAAACUUUGUAUCGCAAUGAUUGAUACCGGAAAGGCCUUUUGUGUUGCAAAUAAACAAUUCAUGAAUGGGAUUCGAGACCUGGCACAAUAUUCUAGUAAUGAUGCUGUAGUUGAGACAAGUUUAACCAAGUUUUCUGACAGUCUUCAAGAAAUGAUAAAUUUUCACACAAUCCUAUUUGACCAAACUCAGAGAUCAAUUAAAGCACAGCUUCAGAACUUUGUUAAAGAAGAUCUUAGAAAAUUCAAAGAUGCCAAGAAGCAAUUUGAAAAAGUCAGUGAAGAAAAAGAAAAUGCAUUAGUAAAAAAUGCUCAAGUACAAAGAAACAAACAGCACGAAGUUGAGGAAGCCACAAACAUUUUGACAGCAACAAGGAAAUGUUUUCGACAUAUAGCCCUCGACUACGUACUUCAGAUUAAUGUCCUUCAAUCAAAACGAAGAUCAGAAAUCCUAAAAUCAAUGUUAUCUUUUAUGUAUGCCCAUUUGGCCUUCUUCCAUCAAGGAUAUGAUCUAUUCAGUGAACUUGGGCCCUACAUGAAGGAUCUUGGUGCACAGUUGGAUCGACUGGUUGUAGAUGCAGCAAAGGAGAAAAGAGAGAUGGAGCAAAAACAUUCCACCAUUCAACAAAAGGCUGCAUUACAGGAUUUCUCCAGUGAUGAUUCUAAGUUAGAAUAUAAUGUAGAUGCUGCAAAUGGCAUUGUUAUGGAAGGAUAUCUGUUCAAACGAGCCAGCAAUGCCUUCAAAACUUGGAACAGGAAAAAGCCCGAUCAUAUCAGACGCUGGUUUUCAAUACAGAACAAUCAGCUGGUAUACCAGAAAAAGUUUAAGGAUAACCCCACCGUGGUAGUGGAAGAUCUAAGGCUGUGCACAGUGAAACACUGUGAAGACAUAGAACGACGUUUCUGCUUUGAGGUAGUCUCUCCAACAAAAAGUUGUAUGCUUCAGGCAGAUUCUGAAAAACUGCGCCAGGCAUGGAUUAAGGCUGUUCAGACCAGUAUUGCUACUGCUUAUAGAGAGAAGGGUGAUGAAUCAGAGAAGCUGGAUAAGAAAUCAUCUCCAUCCACAGGAAGCCUGGAUUCUGGAAAUGAGUCAAAAGAUAAAUCGUUGAAAGGAGAAAGUGCACUGCAGCGAGUCCAGUGUAUCCCUGGCAAUGCCAGCUGUUGUGACUGUGGUCUGGCAGACCCACGGUGGGCCAGCAUCAACCUGGGCAUCACCCUGUGUAUCGAGUGUUCUGGGAUUCACCGGAGUCUUGGAGUUCAUUUUUCAAAAGUACGAUCUUUAACUUUAGAUACCUGGGAGCCUGAACUUUUGAAGCUUAUGUGUGAAUUGGGAAAUGAUGUUAUAAACCGAGUUUAUGAAGCUAAAGUGGAAAAAAUGGGAAUAAAGAAACCACAACCAGGACAAAGACAGGAGAAAGAGACAUAUAUCAAAGCAAAAUAUGUGGAGAGGAAAUUUGUGGAUAAAUAUUCUAUAUCAUCAUCACCUCCUGAGCAGGAAAAAAGGAUUGUCUCCAAAAGUUGCGAAGAAAAGAGGCUGAGCAUUUCUAAACUUGGGCCAGGUGACCAAGUCAGAGUACCACCCCCAAGUUCAGUGGUUGCUGUAAAUAGCGACGAGGCCAGGCGGGAGUCUCUGUUCUGUCCUGAUGAGCUAGAUUCACUCUUCUCCUACUUUGAUACUUCUUCAAAACUACGUAGUAUUAAAAGUAAUGAUAGUGGAAUCCAGCAGAUUUCUGAUGAUGGAAGAGAAUCUUUACCCUCGACAGUGUCUGCCAAUAGUUUAUAUGAGACUGAAGGAGAAAGGCAAGAUUCUUCUGUGUUUCUCGACUCUAAACAUCUUAAUCCGGGACUCCAGCUUUAUAGGGCUUCAUAUGAAAAAAAUCUUCCUAAAAUGGCCGAGGCUUUGGCUCAUGGUGCAGAUGUGAACUGGGCUAAUUCAGAGGAAAAUAAAGCAACACCACUUAUUCAGGCUGUAUUAGGGGGUUCUUUGGUGACAUGCGAGUUUCUUCUACAGAAUGGUGCUAAUGUGAACCAAAGAGAUGUGCAAGGGCGGGGCCCACUGCACCAUGCCACUGUCUUGGGGCACACAGGGCAGGUAUGUUUAUUCCUAAAACGAGGUGCCAAUCAACAUGCCACUGAUGAAGAAGGGAAGGACCCUUUGACUAUAGCUGUGGAAGCAGCCAAUGCUGAUAUAGUGACCUUGUUACGUUUAGCAAGAAUGAAUGAAGAGAUGCGGGAAUCAGAAGGACUUUAUGGACAGCCAGGUGAUGAAACCUACCAGGAUAUUUUUCGUGAUUUUUCCCAAAUGGCAUCCAAUAAUCCAGAGAAACUAAAUCGUUUCCAACAAGAUUCACAGAAAUUCUGAGUUUUUUUUAAAGAAGGGGAAAAGAUUAAAUUGAAUGAUCCCCUAAUGUACUAAUGUGUACGUCUGAAAACUCACAAAUUUUUACUGCCUUAAAUCUACUUAAUUUUAGUAGGUAUUGAGUGGUUUGGAAAAAAGGUACCCAUUCAUUGAUAUUUUUAUAAAUGAAAACAUAGAGUUCUAGUAGUUGGGAGAAGAACCUAAGGACCGCUUUUAUUUAAAAAAAAAAAAAAAGCCUGUUUAAAAGGCCAUUUUUUUUAUAGAUAAAGUUAAAUCUAGACAUAGGCCAUCUCUAGGUUACAAGAUGCUAAGGUUACACAAAAUUUCUGUUUUUUCCAAUGGUUGGUAGCAUUGGUUUUUGUUUUCCAUGCAUCGUGCCCAGGAUCAUUCAGUCAAGCAUGUCUGCAUCAAGUGGGAGCCAACUGUCCUGCCUGCCUGAAGAAUAUGUCUUGUCUUUAGCCUCCCUGAUGAUUUUUGGUGGUUCAUGUGUGGUUUUGGUAGCCUAGCUGUCAUACUCACAAUACGUAAUUUCAUUAUCAGAACUAGAGAAUAUGUUUCCCCCGUUUGCUAAAAGAAUUCUUACUUAAAGAAAUUGUAGUCCUUCAUUGUUCGGUUGAUUUCCUAAAACCUUGACAAAUUUAUUGAUGUAAUAAAACUAUGUUUCAAAGGUUACUUGAAUGUUGCAAAAUUAUGCUUUCAUCAAAUUGUAAUUUUUAAAGGAAAAGUUGAUUUAUAAAAUAAUGUAGAACAUUUUUAUAUUUGAAAUUUGUCCUUUUCAAGAUAGAUUUUUGCUGUUGCACUGAGUGAAAGAAAAAUCUCUGAAAAAGAAAAAACUCAUGUUUUUCUUAGGUUAUACUGAACUAUAUAAUGAUAGUUUUUAAUUUUUUUCAACAUCUAUCCUGUGUACUUUUAUACACAGUGUAUAUGAUUUUAAAUUAAUACCAUCUAUAUAUAGAUAUAGUGGUUGGCUUACAUGAAACAGAGACCCUUGGAUUCCGAAACCUUACAGAUCUACUAAUUUAUCAUGUAAAUGCUAUAAAUUCAUCUGAUUCCAUCUUUGAUUAACAUAUCUUGUCAGGAGUAUAAAAUAAGUAAUUUGCUUUAUGGUUUCUAAUAAUUGUCAACAGUUAAAUUUAAUCUUUUACAAGUUACAUGUAAGUAAUAUUAUUGAUACCCAAAUUCUAAAUAAGAAUUUUAAAAAUUUGGGUUAUCAACCAAGUAGAAAGAUUACAUUUAAUUUGGCAGAUAAUAAGUUUUCUAACAUUCUUCCCCCCAAUAACUAGAGUUUUAUAAGUUGAUUGAAUGUCAAAUGAGGAUUUGUUUAAAUAGGAAUUACACUGAAGUAAAUUCAUGUCACAGAAAAGUUUCCAUAUUUGUUUCCAAAUUGUGUGCAUAUAAUGCUUAUUUAGUAAUAAUCACAGUGUAUUAGAUAAGGAUAAAAUAUAUUUAUGAAAUAUUUCUAAGAAAAUACUAACUUCCACAGCCUGUAUUUUAAUUGCAACAAUAACAGGAACAUUAUGAAAUCUUCCCUGUUUCACCUCAUAGUCACAGGUCAUCUGGCUUUGCAAAAGUCUGGUUUGUAAACCUUUUUAUUAGAGUGUACUUUGAAAUUGUCCAAAAAGUUCAAGGAUAAGGAAAUAUGUUUAAAACAAACCAAAAGAAAAAGAGGGCCUCACCUUUCCUUUGUAGUGCCUAUUCCUGAAUAAUAAGUAAUAGUAUGUGAAAUUAUUCCUAAGCCUGGUAGAAUUAGAAUAUAGACUUCCUGUUUAAUCGUAGGGCUUCACUUCUGAAGCUCCUAACCUUUAUCUGGGAAGCCUGGACAGUUUGGCUUUUGGAUCCAGCCGUUGGGUGCUUCAGAUCACCUCCGGGAUCUCUCCUUGUGACGGCAGUUCCUUAUGACACUCUUAACUCCUGUGGCUUGAAUCAUGAGUUGUUAAUGUGGUAGUAAUUAGUGUCUACCUAAAUUUAAUGGUUAGAGAUGUAUUUGAAGGGUACUCACUUUAAAGACGAUCGUGGUUCUGAAUAUCUUCAGAGAAAGCUAAAUCUUUUAACAGUAUACUGAGCCUGGCAAUACGAAAAUACAUUCCUGUGGCUUGAUUUCUUGAACAUGCCAAGACUCAGUUUGGAUGAAAUUUGGCAGAAAUGAUGCAGUAAAUAUAGCAAGGCUUUAAAGUCAAUUACUAGUGUUACAUAGUCACAAAGUAGAUUGGCUCUUACCAAGGUGAAUUUAGCUGUGUCAACUAAUAGCUUUUAUAUAGUAUAUAACAAAUCUGAGUUUUAUUAUGCUGUGAAUUAUUCAAUGCAUUAUGAGAAAUUAUAGUGUAAACAAUGUUAAUCAUACUUUUGGGCUUCAUAAGUCAAUGUGCUUGCCCUUUGUUUUCUUUCCCUAACUGAUCUGCUUGUGUUAGUUUCUGAUUCCUAGUCAGUAUUCUAUUAGUUCAUUAUCAUUAGUGCACUAACUUAAAAGCUAGAUUAACAUCAAAAUAACAAUAGCAGUACUAACUACGAAGAGCUCAUAGAAUGCAGUCUCACACGCUAGAACUGGACUAAAGGUAAUUGAGUAGUUAUUUGCAGUGUUUCCUUGUAACACCUAUAUGUUUAAGAUUUCUAAGGUAUUUAAAAAUUACCUUUGUUACAAUCCUUAGAAAUACAGAAAUUUCCAGGGAUUCACUACAUUACAAUGUUUGCCUAAUUUAUACUGGUCUUCACUAUUGAUUUUAAUGAACUUUGAUGUUUACUUUCCAAAACAUAAUUUAAUUUGGAAUAUGUACUUUGGUUCUUCAUGAGUGCAUUUUGGAAAAAAAAAAAUUAUACCUUCGCAGGCUGGACAACUUCAGUUUGUGAUGUGUUAAGCAGUAUUUUAAAAAUAUAAUUCUACACAUGUAAAGUAUAGACAUGACAAUAAACCAAAUUGUAUUUAAGACUAAAUUUACUACCCAUUUUGGAUAAUAAGAGAUUCCCAUACCACUCUUAUAUUGCCAUAUUAACUUUUCUGUUUGAUAGCACUUUUGACCAUGGACAGGAGCAGGAAAAAGGAUAUAUUUUUAUAGAAUUAUUAUGUCCAGAAUGACUUCAGACCUGCAUGAUACAGUGCAAAGAGCACUGACUAGUAGUUACUCUCCUUUUUGGAUUCAGAGCUUCUCACAAAUAAAAUGAGUGGAUGAAACAUGGUAAAACUAUCACAGCACCCCUUUGUCUUCUCUUCUGCUCACAGUGUACUUUGAUACUACUCUGUCUCACCCGAUUCUUACACUAGGACUUCUGAAGAAUGCCGUCGUUUCUCUUCUUUGAUCCUGGGCUGCUCCUCUUGUUUUACAGAGGGCAGCCAUUGGUUUUCUCAUCGGUGGCACGGCUGACACCAGAACCCCUGUCUGACUACUAGUCAGAGGCACUUUACUUGUAUCAUGAAAUAAAUUGAAAUCAUUAUAAAGCUGCAAAAUCUGAUAAUGCCUGCCAGCUUUCCUUGUGUUUUGGUAACAAGGACUGCAAAUAUUCUGAAGAACCUGGAUAUAAAAUUAUCUUGAAGGAAUAGAUUAGGAUUUGAAGCCAUUAAAUUAUAGGAAAUAUUACAUUUUUGUAAUGACAAACAUUAAUAAAAGCAAAACACGGUAAGGUCAUUUUAAUUCACCAUAUACUUACCAAAGUCUUGAUGUUUCCAAAUGAAAGGUAACCUAGGGCUUGGAUUCAGUUUGGCUGAAUCCUAACAUCUAUAAAUAUGAUUCUGUGGACAUCUUUUUCCAUUUACAUACGUUUAUCCACUUAAAUAAGGAGAAGGAAGCAAGGUUUGAUUAAAUAAACUUUUCUCUGCAUCGGUCUUUUCACUGACUUGUGUUCUAGAUUUUCUUAUUUUUCCUCAACAACCCCCUGCCUUGGGUGUUAAUUUUAAACAGGGAAAGCUUGCUACAUUAUAAAUACUGCUGGCAACAUUUAUUUUACACAAAGGCCUAAAGGUUAACUUUUGGAAAUGAUGAGCUACCUUUCUAUAUGUGUUUACUUGUGCUUUGUGAUAUUUCUGGAUCAUUCCAGUCAUAAAGACUUAUUACAUGUAAUAUUUCUUGCUACCUGUGAAAAGGAAUAUUUUAAAGAAUGUAUAACCAACACUCCAUUUACUUUUUAUUAGUAUGUAGAGGAUUUGUAUCUAAUUCAUGAAUGUAGUUUUACUGUAGUUUGUCAUUGUAAAUGGAACAAAAGUACAUUAUCUUUAUAGUUAUUCUAAAAUGUACAUUAUGUAAGAAUUGUAAAUAUUAUACUUGAUUAAAUACUUUGUAUGCUGAAGAAUUAUGAUAAUAAGUCAAUAAAAAUCUCACCUCUGGCAUAGUU